UCUCCUCUCUAUGUACAUGUGUUCAGCAGCAUCAAGUCACCUCUCAGUACAAAACAAACAGCAGUCUUUUGAACACACAUCGCGUACAUACACGAGAAUAUACACACACAGCAGGAGUUGUACUUUGGUGUGCGGUCGAUUGAGUCUUUAUUCGGACGUCGCGACAGAGCUUCAAACUUCAAUUGCAUUGAACACGAAUCAAGUGGUAAUCAGUGGCACAACUUUUUUAAGUAUAAUUUUAGUUUCAACCAGUUACAGUUGAUUUUGAACAUUCUGCAGGAACCAAGGACACAUUCACUGUAAUAUUGGAUAAAAGGAGACUCUGUUAAGACGGAAAAGAUGAUCUUGAAGAAGUAUCCCGCUAGCUGCUGAGAGAGUUGAGUCAACAGGUAGGUACUGAUACUGCCUGGACCCGCUUAACUCACCCGAAGACAGAGUUCUUGUUUAGAGAACAAGAUGGCGAGUCGCCGGUCUCGUGGAGACCGCUACUCGUCCAGCGUCAGUGCCAUGUCAGGCAUUUCAUCCAAUGGAUCGGCAGGCACAUUGGACUACUCUCUGACUCUUGCUGGCUCAUUAUCUCCUGGAAGUAGCAUGUCAUUCCUAACUAAAGCUCCAGUGAUGCAAGCAGCAGAGAUCAAAGACUUGCUGAAGUCAAGGCUAGCAUAUUUGUCAGGUGGGAAGGACAGACGUGGUGGACCAAUCAUCUCAUUCCCUUCACAACCCUCUGAAGUUUCCAUUGAAGACAUCGCUACCACCAUCACUUAUCUUGCUUCAUUACCAAGUACUGAGAGCAAGGCCCAUGGCUUCAGUCUACUGGUGGAUAUGAGAGGGUCGGCAUGGCAACCAAUUAAAUUGGUCAUGAAAGUUCUUCAGGAGACACUAGCAGGGAGUAUCAGUGCUAUCUACAUUCUCAAGAAUGAGGCCUCAAGGGCUCGUCAGGGAUCCAGCCUUGGUCUCAAGAAAGACAAGUCACAAUCGUUUGAGACAAUAUUCCUAUCAUCACCUUCAAAGCUUACAAAGUACCUCGACACAAGUCAGCUGACAGAAGAAUUUGGGGGCGCACUCGACUACCAUCAUCAAGAAUGGCUGCAGAAUAGACUAGACUUUGAGAAGUUCUUGAAAGAUUCCAGUCUGACGGAGAAGCGUCUCGAGCAAGCUCAUGAGGAACUGUUAUCAAGACAAGAUGAGAGGCUGACUCCUGAAGAUCAGUUACGUCGUCAGAAACGAUUGAGGGAGGUCGUCAUUGACCAACCGAGCAGUGUGCUACAACUUGGCCAUUCCCUUUCACGACGUCUGGAGACCGACUCUGGUUUCCAGAGGCAAGGUGGAGACCAGGGCUUCGCUACAGAGGACCAACUGCUGAUGCACCGAGAGGUGGAUCAAAGACUCGAUGCUCUUCAACAAAAACAGAAUCAACUCAGGAUGUACCUAGCAGAGAGAGAUCGAGAGCUAGGUGUCCACAUGCAGCUUGGUGAUAUGGAGAGUGGUAUCAAAAAGGUAGUUGACUGGAUAGUUGGACCAGGAGAGAAGCUCUUAUCAUCACACAUAGAUAUUGGCAAUGAUUAUAAGACUGCUGAGAAACUCAGGAGGGAACAUGAGAAACUAGAACUCAAGUGUACCGAUAUUUAUGGCAACUAUGCCGAGCUUCGCCAUGUAGCAGACUCCAUCAUUAAGAGUGGUCAUCCCCAUGCGGGUGACAUCGGUGCACAGAAGGACUACCUAGAUACAGUAUGCCGUAGCUUUGCAUCUCGUCUGGAGAGGCGGCGGAACCUUGUCAUUGGUUCCGUCAGGUUCCACCGAUUAUCACAAGAAGCAUUUUCCAAACUAGCAGACCUAUUAGAACUGUGCACAGGGGAAGUUGAAGUAGAUUCUGUAGAGAGCACCGAGGAAGCUCUUAGACUUCUCCUGGACAACUUUGACAACUCAAUGUAUACCACAGAUCGAGCCAUUCGUGAGGGAAAGAGUAUUUUGGAAAUGAUGAGCCUACCUAUCAAGAAUGCCUUUGGUAAAGACAUCACCCCAAACUAUGAGAAGCACAUCGCCCAUGUUGAGCGCAUCUUGGCGGAGCUUGAAGGUCGAAGGGCACGGUGUCGUGACCUGGCUGAGGUCAGGAGGCUCAAGCUUCAGCAAUUGUUGCAGCUCAAGAGUUGCGAGAGAGAUGCUGAACAGGCUAUUGCUUGGCUUCUUGAGCUGUUAGAUAACAUGCUCCUGCAGCACAUUGAGGUUGGAAGAUCAGCAGAUGAAGCUGCUUCUCUCAAGGAUGAACAUAGCAAAUUUGAAACUACCGCAAGGGAAACUUAUGACUAUGGUCUAAACCUUCUACGGACUUCCCUGAUGCUCAGACGAUCUCUUCAUAUGAACCUUGAACCAAGUCAAGACAAGUCACAGCGUCUGGAGGCUGCCUGGUACCAGUUCUCACAGGCCUUGGGGGAGAGGUCAUCAAGGCUCUCAGUGUCUCUCAUGUUCCAAAGAAAUGCUGAGAAGCUAAUAUCCCAGAUGGACAAACUGUGCCAGGAGGUUGCUCCAAGAGUUGCAGGGUAUGGUGGAGGUGUAGGAAGCAGGCACCUACUUUCCUAUGAACCAAGACGACGUGCUCUGCUUCGACAGUACCGAGAGGCUGCAGCCAUGGGACAGGCUCUCCUAGACAGGCUUGCUCUACCAGUGGUUUCACCAGACAGGGCUUCGAGAUCUAACAUGAGAGUCAUCCCAGAGCAGCUCCAGCCGGCUGCGGAUCACCUGGCACAGAAGAUGGCUGAGCUGGAGAACAAGAGACGGGAGAUGGAGCUCCUGUUCGGUGACACCGAUGGUGGUUCCAUGUUCACCCCUACCUCCUCCACUUCCUCCCUGGCUCCUGGUGCUGUUUAUGGGGAACCGCUUCCAGAGAUGGACUGGGAUGUGGUGGCCAAGAAGGAUGUGCCCAUUGAAGAGGUUGCACCCAUUGUAGCAACAAAGCAACAGUCUGUGAUGUCAGCUCCCCCACCAAGUCUCAAUGGUAGGAUGAAUGGAAGAUUGACUGGAAGUCACAGCAGCUUGAAUGGGAGCCGUUCAAGUCUCAAUAGGAUGCCUUCUCCAUCACCUAAUCGCUAUGGCAUCAGACCAGAAGAUGAGGCGUUUAGGAGAAUGAAGGAUUUUGAGGACAAAGUAAAGGAGUCGGCGGAAUGGAUCCAAGUAAGAGUAGAAGACAUGAUACCAAGAAUGACAGAGAUUGGGACAAACCUGGAGGAGGCCCAGAAUCUCAAAACACAACAUGAAGAAGUCAUUAAAAAUCUUGUGGCCAAACAAGACCAGAUUGGUAGUCUCCUAACCCAGGCUGACAACCAAGUCUCCACACAACAGUUCUAUGGAGAUGUUUAUGCAGCUAUGGCCAAGAGCCUUGGACAAGCCUGGAAGGACCUUACCAGACAGAUGGAAACGAGACAGAAGCUGCUAGAUCAGGCUGUAGAUUUCUACCGGGGUGCCAAACAGUACAAUGAUAAUCUUGCUGAUGGGAUCAGAGAAUGCCGGACCAUGUCACUACCAUCAGAUCCCAGAGAUGUAGAGAGACAGCAACAGAGAACCAGACAGAUCAAGAAAGACAUGUUGGAAGGCUCUAUGCAGGUCAUGUCAAAAGGUCGUGACCUUUUAGACCGCCUCCAUGACCUUGGAAGUAAAGCUGGAGAUGACUCGCGCCAUGCCACCAUGGUCUCCUGCCAAGGUGUGGAGAAAGCCAUGGAAGAUAUCCAGGACAAGAGACGUCUCCUUGAUGACCUUUGGCUGGAGAGGUCAAGAAAGCUGGAUCAGUAUCAGCAUCUCCGUGACAUUGACACUGAGGUCACCAAGAUAUCUAACUGGUUUAGGACUCAAGGUGAAAUGUACCUACAAAAGAGGAACAUUGGCCGGAGUGAGAAUGAAUGCUCUGAUCUACUCAAACAACACCAUGCUUUUGAAGUGGCUGCUGGGGAUGUGCAAAACAGUGUAGCAAAUCUCCUUGCCACGUCGGAGCAGGUUCGACACUCGGACCCUGAGAGCACAGAAAGACUACGUAGCCAGACCAGAGCCAUAGACACGUUAUGUGAUGAUUUUAUGCAUCGGUUGGGUGAGAGACGCAACACACUGCAACGUGCCCAUGACUUCUAUCGCAAUGCAGAACUGGCCAAGACCUAUCUUAGUAGACUUGGAGUCCAGCUAUCCCAGGAAAGACUCCCCAAGGACGAAUGGUCCAGGACCAACCGACUAGAAAAACUCAACAAUGCCAUCUCAGAGAUCUCGACUCCAGUCCUUGGUGAAGGCCGUGCUCUUCUCAAUCAGGUCGGUCUGAGCACACCGGGAGCUGAAACAGUGAAGGAAAAUAUGGCUGAAAUUCAGGCAAAGUGUGUUGACCUGCAAAACCAGGCCCGACCUGAGCUGAGAGAGCAAGCAGAGAUGCAGGCAACCUUUGAAGAGAAGUACACAGUCUUGAUCAAGUGGCUUGUGAAUGUUGGAGAUGCCUUCCUGAUGGCUAACAAUGACAUGGGAGACCAGAUGCAAACCACCAUGGACUUCCUUGAUGGACAUGAGAAACUACUCACAGAAGUUAGGGAGAAAUCAACUCAAGUGGACAAUGUAAUGGCCAUUGCCACCAAACUUGGUUCCAAGAACAGGUUUACUCCAGAGCAAACUAACAAACUAAAGCAGCACUGGACAAGGGUGACUGUCACAGUGGAGAACAGAAUCAGAGCUGCUCACAUAUUCAUCAAAUUUCACAAAGUUGCCAAGCAGCUUGGCAAUGCGAUGGAGAAUAUGGAGACGAUGUUAAAGUCUGAGGAAAUGAGGGAUGUGAAGCGGAUGAAGAAGACCACAAUGCAACACAUCCAUGAGAAAUGGAAUCAGAUGGUGGAGAUCAACAUUCAAUUAGACAACACUGGUCAUACCUUCAAGAAUGAACUCCAUAAACUUGUCAAUGAUACAGAGCUGGUUACCAAGACAUCUGUCCACUAUGUGGAGUUGACCAUCAAGUCCUUUGGAGAGAGGAAGAUCUAUCUGGAUGACCUUUACGAUUCUCUCCAUCAGAAGUACUCUGCAGAGGAGACGUUCAAAUCUCAAUGGGAGCACUUUGUCAGGGAUGCUAGAAAGACAAUUGAGUUUGUGAUUAACAUGGAGGGUAAUGUGUUCCCACGACUGACUGCUGAUGCCCAAUCCUUGGCUGAUGUCAAGCAGAAGAAGAUAGACUCUUUCCAGGAGACUGUCACGAAAGUAACAACUGAGAUCCAGAUGAGACUGAAGACUGCUGAGAUGCUUGGAGCCAAGGGUGAUACAGGAGGAGAGAAGGAACAGGUCGUUGAGAGGCUAACAUCAGCUCAUCAUCGCUUCAUGAACAGGGUUGGAGAAUACCAGAUAGUCCUGACAUUGAGCAUUGACUUCUACAAGAAAGUCAAUAAGGUCAACAAGACCAUGGAUGAAGCGAUUGCCUCGUACCAAGUUCAACCAGCACCCUCACAUACUUCAGAAGCUCAGAUCAGACUACAGCAGCAUGAGGAAGAGAAACGCUACAUCACAGAACUCUACACCACUGCUGCCAAGAAGGGAGAUGAAGUCAUUGCAAAGAUUAGGCAGUCGGAUCCUGUCUCUCCAGCCAGGAGAGACGUUGAGGUGACCCUCCAAGCCAUGGAGGAGCGGAAGGAGCACUGGUUGAAUGAAUGGAGCCGUUACAGGCAACGUCUCACCAAGGCCAGCGAAGACACCAGCCUCAAACUUCUCAAAUCAGAGUUCAUCAUACAUCUCCAACGUGCUGAGGAUGAACUCGAUGGUAUGAGGAAGAGCAAAGAAUCGGUCUCUCUCACCAUUGAGAAAUUCACAGAUUGGGAAGCCCAAAUCAAGGUAUUGGAGGAUCAAUACCAGCAUUACCUGAGCACUGCUCACAUUGCUCUGAAGGGCAAACCAGCAGACAAACCUGGUAUUCAGAAAGACAUCCAGGAAGUCCAGACCUACUGGACUAGCUUCAUGAAGAAUGUGGAUGAUUACAGGAAGAAGAUGGAGUUAGUUGUCAAUCUACGCAAACAGUACACAACUCUGGUAAGCAAUCUAAAACUUGCCGAUCGACAGCUCCAGGACCUACAGCAGCCCCAGGUCUCUGAGACACUGACCAUAGAGAAGUUCCAGGACUGGCAGGUCCACAUCAAGGGCCUGGAGAAGGAAUACACCAACUAUGUGAGCAGGGCCAACAUAGUACUGGACCAGAAACCGCCUGCUUCCACCCUGAUUGAAAGAGAGCUGAAUGAGGUUAAGAACUUCUGGGUGGGAUUCAACAAGUCUGUCCAGGACUACCGGGACAAGAUGCAGUUGGUUGCAAACAUCAGGAUGCAGUAUAAGACUUUGAUAAUGAACAUGGAACAAGCCGAGGAUGAUCUGAAGGACCUUGAGAGUACACCUCACUCAUCAUCUCUUAUCAUUGAAAAACAUGAAGACUGGGAAGCUCAUAUCAAGGUCUUGGAAGAUGAGUACAAGAAAUAUGUGAGCUCCGCCCACAUUGCCCUUGACAGGAGGCCGCCCUCUGCUGGUGUGAUUGAGAAAGACCUGGCUGAGGCUGAACGCUACUGGUCUAAGCUGAAUAGACAGAUUAAUGACUACAGACACAAAGUGGAGGUCAUCUUCAACAUCCAUAAAAGAUUCAAGACAUUGGCUGUUCGUAUCCAGAAAGCUACCAAGCAUGUUGAAGAGCUCAAGACUGAUUUUGGAGAGAAGGCAGAGGACCUACCUGAAAUCCAAAAGAAGUUUGCCACAUUCGAGCAAGAUAUAAAGCCCCUUGAGGUAGAACACAGGGACUUUGUAACUGUAGCAACUGGUGCUCUUGCCAAGAACCCUCCUAAUGCCUCAGCCAUCAAGAGAGAUGUUGAUGACAUCAAUCGCUUCUGGAGUAAGCUCAACGUGUCUCUCCAAGACCAGCGUAAGAAGCUCAAGACUGCUCCAAAGUUCCAUGAACUCUACAAAACUGUUGUUGAGUGGCAAGUGAAGGCUGAGGAUCUCCUGGUAGCUGUGGGCCAGAAGAAACCACUCUUCACCGCGCAGGAACAGGCUGCAGAAGUACUAGGAGAGGUCGAAGAUUUCAUUGAGAAAGGAGAUGCAAGACAGAAAGCCAGGCUCUUCAAACUGAAUGAAAUGGCCAUUGAUCUAUACAGUCACAAGGUACCACCUCGCGUCACCUCAACCAUCAAUACCAACCGUGAGCUCCUUGAUGCCAUCCAGGUUACCAACGAUGAACUGUUUGCCCUUGCCAACAACCUGCCCAAACAAACUCCAGUUCAAGCCAAAGCAGAUGAGACAGUGGUACCUCAAGUCCAACGUACUGUCCAAACGGUACCUCUGGUCAAAUCCCAGAAACCUGUACCAGCUCCUCCAGGAUUGGUCGACGAGUCUGUGCUACCGGUGUCCCAAAAGCCAGUGGAGACAAAGCCCUGGCAGCCCCCUCCACCUCCUAAAGCAGUGCAGGAGAGUGUGGUCCCACAGUACCAGAAGCCAGCUCAGAUGAAGCAGUGGAAGGCACCACGUCCUGUGCGUCAGGUAGCAGAGAUCAUCCUUCCAGACGAACAGACAAGCGAUGCAGAAAUACCUCUGGAUAGACUCCCAGAGACAAGUACCAAAACCGUUCAGCUUGUCCAACCAGAAUCACCAAUCACUCAAACUAGGAAGGAGCCAUUAGAAGCCUUCCCAACUUUCCCAGCACCUGAACCAGAACCCCCUAAGCCUGUUGGUUAUGCCCCUUACUUCACCAGGAAGAUUAGGGACAACCUUGUCAAGCAAGGCAGGGCAACACAAUUGGACUGUGUCGUGAAGGGAGACCCUGCACCCGAGGUUCAAUGGUACAAGGACGAUGUUCCCGUCCGUACGUCCAAUAACCUUCGAGUGGAGUGCGGUGAUGAAGGACUCUGCGCCCUGAGCUUUUACAACACCCAGCCAGAAGCUGCUGGAGUGUACACCAUGAAGGCUUUCAAUGUAAUCGGUGAAGCAGCAUGCAAAGCUAAGCUGAAUGUCCAAGCUGUACAGGAGGAGUUUGUAUUGCCCAAGCAAGUACCAAAGGUAUCCACUGGACACAUCCAGUUGACCCACAAUGCCCUCAUGCCAAAGUUCAUUCAGAUCCCAGGGGAUAAGAAUGUAGAAGAGGGCAAACCACUCUGUCUCGAGGUCAUGGUGGAUGCCUAUCCAGAUCCUAAUGUGGUUUGGUCUAAGGAUGGCAUCAAGGUGAAAGGAGAACCUUACAUCUUGAAGGAAGAUGGUAAGACACACACCCUGAUCAUCCCAGAGGCUGAUCUAGAGGAUGAAGGUAUCUUCAUCUGUACUGCUACUAACCCUGCUGGUAGGGCGGAAUGCAUCAUCCAGGUCAAGGUCAAUGAAGCUGAGGAACCGCCAGUGUUCAUCACUCCAUUGGUGAAUGCUCAAGCUAAGAAGGGAGCUCCGUUUGCAUUUGAAUGUGUGCUGAAAGGGGAUCCUGUUCCUGUGGUGGAAUGGCUUAAGAACAACAAACCAGUCAAUGCUGACAACCCUGACUACAAUCUAAAGCGCAACACAGAGACCGGUACCUGUAGACUUGAGAUCGAUGAGGUCUUCCCCGAGGAUGCUGCCAGGUACACCUGUCGUGCAACCAAUGAGGCUGGGAAGGCUGAAACCACCAGUAUGCUCUCCGUCAUGGGCCUAGAUGAAGGUGAUUUAAGAGCGCCAGCCAUCUUAUCCCAUCCCGAAGAUGUAACAUUACAAGAGGGCGAUCCUAUCCGAAUCACGUGCCAAAUCAGUGGUGAAUUGCCCAUCUCCGUCAAGUGGUUCAAAGACGACGAAGCACUUGAUGAAGCUGGUGAAUUCCUGAUGUCGUUUGAUGAUCGGGAAGGUCUUGCAGUGCUGCAAGUGAACGAGUCUUUCGCAGAAGACGAAGGGGUGUAUACCUGUCAGGCGACUAAUGCUUGGGGGCGCACUGCAUCAAGUGCUAACUUAACUGUUGUAACUGGCGAGGAUGAAGUAGAUGCUACUGAUGACGGUUCUAAACGCCAAGCCGCUUGCAUCCUCUCCAAUUUACAAAAUGUGACGGUCAAAGAGGGCACCCCAUUUAAGCUAGCAUGUGUGGUUGAUGGUGUUGCCCCAAUCACUGCACAGUGGUUUAAAGGUGGCGAGCCUCUAGACGAAGGCUAUGAAUACGUCAUGAAAUUCCAAAGUAACAUGGCCACGUUGCAGGUCAAUGAGUCGUUUCCAGAAGAUUCCGGCAUGUAUACUUGCCGUGUGAUGAACGCCGUCGGAUCUGACGAAUCCUCGGCUCAAGUAACUGUUCUUGAAGAUGCAUCUCCUACUCCACCCUGGAUCCAACCCUUGAAGCUGGAGUCCAGCUACCUGGAGAUACCGGUUGGUCAACCCAUCAAACUGGCCUUCAAGGUGUCCGGUAACCCAGAGCCUACUGUCACCUGGCAUCAUAAUGACCGUCCACUCAGACCAGAUGGAAGAAUCAAGGUUGUGAAGGAGGAUACAACAUACACAAUGCAGAUCAGUCAAGCAGAACCUGAAGAUACCGGCAAAUACACCAUCAGAGCUGAAAAUGAGAAAGGACAGGAGUCUUCCAGUGUUGAGAUCAACGUCCCACGCCCACCUGUCGUCAUACCCAUCCACCAAGAAGAGGUCCAGAGUGCCCCUGCUCCUGCAGCCAAGACCCCACCUGGAACUGCUCCAAGGUUCAAGACCAGGCUCAAGGAUUUGGUGAUCCCUGAUGGUCAACCAUUUGAGCUAACCUGCAAGGUUGCUGGCAUGCCUGUACCUAAUAUCGUCUGGUAUAAAGAUAACAAGGAGCUGACAGAAAAUGAGCCCCAGUAUGAGCUUAGCUUCAUGGAGAGCGUUGCUCGUCUUGACGUCAGGGAAGCCUUCCUGGAGGAUGCAGGUCUCUACACCUGUCAAGCUACCAACAAUCACGGCCGAGACGUUACCUCAGGGAGAGUGGAAGUCAAAUCUUUGCCUCAAGCUCCACCAGUCAUCAAACCCAUCUCACAUGAGUCAAGCCAUCUUGAUAUACCAGUAGGCCAACCCAUUGUGCUCAAGUUUAACAUUGAGGCCUUCCCUCCACCGGUCGUUCGCUGGUAUCAUGAUGGUGUGCCUGUAAAGGAGACUCCAGAAAUGGAGAUCAUCAAUGAAGAGACAGAUUACAAACUGGUAAUCAAGGAAGCCAAACCAGAGUAUGCUGGUACCUAUACAGUGGUAGCAGAGAAUGAUAAGGGUCAGGAGUCAACUUCAAUUGAGAUUGAUGUUGUCCCACCAGAAACGCAGAUGGAAGUAGUCCCAACACAGGCAGAGCCGACGUUUGCACCCCUCCAGUCUCGCUUCUUCACCCAACCGGACGCCAUGCCCCUCAUGGGUGCAGCCACCCCACCUCGCUUCCAGAGCCGCCUCAAAGACAUCGAGGUGACCGAAGGCGAGCCCAUCGAGAUCGCCAUUCGGGUCACAGGGCAACCCACGCCCCGCAUCACCUGGUACAAGGAUGAUAAGCCCAUCGCUGGGAAGCCUCAAUAUGAGAUGAGCUUUGUAGAGAGUGUUGCUAGGUUGGAUGUGAGGGAAGCCUUUCUGGAGGAUGAGGGACGGUAUGUCUGCAAGGCAACCAACCCAGCAGGACAAGAUACCACUACUUGCCAGAUCACUGUUAAAGUGAAUGCUGCCCUCGUGCCAGCACCACACAUCACCCCUCUCCAGACUCAGUACAGCCAUCUUGAUAUCCCAGUGGGUCAACCAAUCAGACUUCACUUCAGGAUCAGGGGUCAGCCACCUCCCAAGGUCACAUGGCUCCAGAAUGAUGUAGAGAUCGUAGAGACAGAAGAAGUGGAGAUCAUCAAGGAAGAGACAGUUCACACCUUGGUAAUCAAGAACCCUAGACCAGAUGCAGGAGGUAAAUACACAGUUGUAGCAGAGAAUGACAGAGGCACAGAGACUGUCAACAUUGUCAUCAAUGUCUCAGGUGUCACGGUUCCUAUGCCUACAGGUCCAGGUCCAGUCGUUGUUAGACCAGCCCAGCCAAUCGUCUUCACUGAGCACCUAACAGACAAGCAGGUUGUUGAGAGCACGGAGAUCAAACUCAGAGUGAGGAUUGAGGAGAAACCCUCAGCUCAGGUACAAUGGUUCUUCAACAACACGCCAAUCCAGCCCUCGGAUAGGGUAGAGUUCUUGCGGGAUGGUGAUGUGUACUACCUUGUCAUCAAGAAGCCAACAUCAGGUGAUGCUGGACUGUACCAGUGUAGGGCAGAGACUGAGGUCAGCGUGGUCACUACAGAAUGUACCAUCAUGGUCAAUGAGAAACAAUCCCCUGAUUUCAUUGCUCCUCUAGAGAGUGUGGUUGCUUCUGAGGGCUGUACCAUCAGGUUGGAAUGUCGAGUGUCGGGAUCUCCUGCCCCCACUGUGAAGUGGACAAAGGACGAGCGCUCUAUCACAGAGACGUCUCGGGUCCGUUUCCUCACAGAGGGCGACAGACAGAUCCUAAUGAUCCUCCAGGUUCGGCCUAGUGAUUCUGGCAACUAUCGCAUCACUCUAACCAACGAGUUUGGAGUUUCUGUUUCAUCUGCUACUCUUCUUGUUGACGACGCAAGAACUUCCCAUGCCGUCCUGUUCAUACGGAAAGGAGAGAAAGACGUUGAUGACCGACCGACUAUUGUCAUUCGACUGAAUGACCAAGAGGUACAGCCAGGUGACAGAGUACAGUUCAGGGUUAAAAUCCAAGGCACCCCACAGCCGACUGUACAAUGGUUCAAGAACAGCAUUGAGAUUCAGACUCAUCCAUACAUUGAGAUCAGCCAAACUGGGGAACAUAACAUGCUAACCAUCCCGAAGGUUGGGCCACAGGAUGCAGGUACCUACAGCGUAGUUGCAACAAACGACAAAGGAAGAGAUGUAUCUGCUGCAACUCUUGUUGUUGAUGUGCCCAAAACUCCAACAGCUGCACCUCACUUUGCUCAGACAUUUGGCAAUCGCCGCUGCUACGAAGGUGAAUCUCUGACCUUUGAGUGCCGCAUCACGGGCGACCCAAAGCCCUCCGUCUCCUGGUUCAAGGAUGGGGUCAAAGUUGAACAGGGCGUCUUUCAAAUCUCCGAAGAUGGUCAGUUCCAUAAACUGGAAAUCUUGGAGGUAUUUGAUGAAGAUGCCGGUGUUUUCGAGUGCCGCGCCAAGAACGAUUACGGGGAAGCUAUCUGCGUCGCCACGUUGCGUAUCAAAGGUCUUGGUUUUGUCAGUGAGGAAGAUUACUCUGAAAGCAUUGAAACAACUACCACCACCACAACUCGCGUAGUUUAUAGCUCCACGGCCAUGAGCCGGGGGCGCAUUGGGCAAGAGGAGGCGCCAAAGUUUACUCAACCGCUCAAAAGCGUCUCUGUCAAGGAGGGCCAGACUGCUACUCUACAGGCGGAGCUUAAGGGUCAACCUGAGCCCACCGUCAAAUGGUUCAAAGAUGACAAGGAAUUGAAGAGUUCACCAAAGUACAACAUCUCUUUUGCGAAGGGCAAGUGUAUGCUGAAGGUCAGCAAGGCCUCCGCAAAGGACGAUGGACAGUACAAGUGCACUGCAGAAAAUAAGUGCGGAAAUGCAAUGUGCUCCGCCACAUUGCAGAUCCAAGGUGAUUCUAAGCCACCAGAAAUUAUCCAGGGUCUCCAAGGUCAAGAAAAGACCGAAGGUGAUUCCGUUCGGUUUGAGGUCAAGAUCACCGGCACCCCCAAACCGGACGUGAAAUGGUUCCAGAACGGUGACCAACUGGAGAACUCCAUCGAUAUCCAGAUCUCGGACGAGGGUGACAGGUACAUCCUUGUGAUUCCGGAGGUUUUUGACGAGGACGCUGGCGAGUACACCGUCCGCGCCGAGAACGCGGCCGGAAUCUCCACGUCACAGACCAUUUUGAAGAUCAGGAGUAAGUCUGGAACUGCUCCUACUGAAGAGGUUAAGCCGCAACCACCACCACAAGAACAACAAGUGCAGCAACAACCUCAGCAGAAGGAGGAGUCAGCACCACCACAAGAAGAGAAGAAAGCAGAACAACCCCAACAACCACCACCACAGCCACAACCAGAGGUGAAACCACCAGCACCUCAAGCAGAGGUUAAGAAACCUGAGGCAGAGGUUAAGAUCCCACCACCUCAACCUCAACCUCAGGUUCAGCAACAACCCCAACAACAGGUGCAACAAGAACCAGCACAACCAAAGCCACAAGUGCAACAAAAGCAACCACCACCACCAGCACAAAAAGCAGAACCACCAAAGCAACAGCCACCACCAGCAACACAAAAAGUGGAACAACCAAAACCACCAGCAGCACAAGUCCAGCAGACGAUCGAAAUCAAGAUGGCAGCUCCAACGGAAGCAGCAGCGCCCAAACCAUCGGCACCACCACCACCUGCUGUAACCUCAGGACCUGUCUUCACCAAGACUCUCUCAGAUAUCACUGUCAAAGAGGGUAAACCCGUCAAACUGGAGUGUGCUGUGAAGGGCCAACCUCAACCAGAUGUCAAGUGGUACAGAGAGGGCGCCCUGAUGACCCCUUCCCCGGACUUUGAGGUCAAAUACCAGAAUGGCGUGAGCACGCUCACAAUUCUGGAAAUCUUCUACGACGAUGCCGGACAGUACGCAUGUUCUGCAACAAACAGCAAGGGUACCAAAUCUACCUCCUGUAAUGUCAGAGUUUUACCCGGAACCCCACCUCCAUCUGCUCAACAGGCUCAACAACCACCAGCACAGGUUAAUGCAGUCAAUGACACCGCACCUGCAGAGAAAAUCCCCAUUGGACCACCAGAGUUCUCCAAACCCCUCCUUCCUGCUCGCUACUCUGAGGGAGGAAGAUGUCGCUUUGCCUGCACUGUCAAGGGCAACCCAGCCCCGAAGAUCACCUGGUUGAGACAGGGACAACCAAUCGAAUCUGGCUACAGGUUUGUGAUAAAAUACGAUGAAAAGACAGGAUCAGCCACUCUUGACAUCACCAUGAUGUUACCUGAAGACAAAGGAGAGUACACCUGUAUAGCCAAGAGCAAGGCUGGUCAGGUCUACCUCACUGCUCCUCUUCUUCCUCCAGCUCAAUAUGACCACUGGGCCCAGGAGUAUGAGGAACAGAAAGCCAUUGAGAAAGCUAAGAAGAAGAAGGAUGUGGUGAACAAAGAACUUGAGACGAAGGUCCAUGAGAAAGGUGGCAAGAUCACACCAAGCCAAGCUACGUACCAUGAUGCUGAUCAGGACACUCCUCAGAGAAGACCAAGCCUCUCGCCGUUUCAACAGCGUCUUCAGCAGGAGGUGGAGUAUCGAGAACGCAUCGGUCGUACCAGCAUCUACCAUGCCCCCAUGGAGUGGAAGACAAGCAAGUUGUCACCUUUUGAGAGACGUCUAUUGAGAGAAGUGGAGAUCCGCGAAAUGGAGUCGGGCCCGCGUGGCGGACCAUUUUCUGACCAGGACUCCAAGGCAUCUUCCUUCGAAUCGCGUUUGGAGAAAGAAAUAAAGUUCAGGGAGAGGAAGUCGUCCCAAGACUACGAUGCUACAGAUGCGGUGUGUAGAGGAUUCGAGCUGCAUAAAGGGGGUCCCUUUGAUGUGGCCGCGUUUGAAGCCAGCCUACUGAACCAGAAACAGCCCCAAGAGAGCGAAUCAAUGGAAGCCGAGACUGAGACUGAGCUUGAGUCCGAACUUGAGACGUCUGAAGCCAGUCAACAGAGGGCUCCCCGCUUCCUCAAGGAGCUCAAGAACUUCCGAGUCUCUGAGGGAGGCAAGAUUGCUCUUAGCUGUCGUGUAGAAGGCAGACCAAAACCAUCUAUCCAGUGGUUCAAGGAUGGCUAUCCUGUUCCAAAGUCAAUCCGCUAUGACGUCUCCUACAUGGAAGGCUUCUCCCAAUUCCGUAUCGACCCUAUCCUUCCUGAAGACAAGGGUGCUUACACUGUCUUUGCCUGGAACCAGUUUGGCAAGGCAGUCAACACCGGUCGCAUCAAGGUCGAUAGGCAUUUAUCGGAUGAGGUCAGCCAUAUGAAAGGUGCUCUUGGUGCUCGUGUCAGCAUGGAGACUGAAGAGUACCACCUCCCUGAUCGCGAGAGGCAACCCGGUGAGGUCAGAGAAAAGCACUACAAACCUACAUUCAAGGUCAUUCCCAGUGACCUGGAAGUGAAAGAAGGCAAACUAGCCAGGUUCAACUGCAGGGUCACAGGUCGACCACCUCCAGAUCUUGUCUGGUACAGGAAUGAGAUGCCUGUCUACCCAGAUGCCAACCAUAGAGUAAUUGUUAAUGAGGGUGGUGAGCAUGCCCUGAUGAUCAGCCACGCCCGCCCUCAAGAUGGCGGCAUGUACACCUGUAUUGCCAGUAACAGGGCUGGAGAGGCCAAAUUCCAAGUCAAACUCCAUGUCGAUCCCAAGAGGCAAUUAGUGGCACCCUCCUUCAUUGAUCGUAUUGAGAAUGCAACGGUGCGAGAAAAUGAAGCAGUGACCUUGACCUGUAAGGUCACCGGGUGUCCCACCCCUCAUGUCUCAUGGCAACGGGAUCAGAAGCACAUCAUGCCUAAUGCCGGCGGUUACAGAAUGCAAAUGAGUGAGGACGGAGUGUGCCAGCUGUUCAUUGAGAGAGUCACUCGUCAUGACAGCGCCUGGUACACCUGCACAGCACACAACUCGGCUGGACGCGUCUCGUGUAGAAGUAGAGUCCAAGUGAUAUAUGACAAAUUGAUUAAGGAUAAUGAGCCAGCUCCCAUCUUUCAAAGGCGCCCAACACAGAGCAAAAAACCUCCCCCACCCCCGGAACAGGAAGAAAUCCCAAGCUAUGUAACACAAUACGAUGGCACACCAGAAACUGACAAGAAAUCAAGCGUCAAGCCGGAAUUCGUCGUCCCACUCAAUGACAACAUGAAGAAGAAGGAGGGUUCCAGUGCACACUUUGCCUGUCGCCUCCAGCCUGCCGGAGAUCCUACCAUGAGGAUAGAGUGGUUCAAGAACAAUACUCCACUCUUCAUUGGAUCAAGAGUACAAACCAAAUACGAGUUUGGAAUCUGCAGCUUAGACAUCAAAGGAGUCUACCCGGAGGAUGCUGGUACAAUAACGUGCCGAGCAACCAACAAGUAUGGUCAGACUGAGACAACCGGAAAGCUGACUUGCGAGGCUGAGCAGUCACUUAUUCUGGACACUCAACUACCUGAAGAAAUGAGAGGGAUUGAGAAAACUAUCAAGUUUGAUGAAUACCUCUCAGCGGGAGACUUUCCAGAUGAUAGUAAAUUUCCAUCAGAAGAGUUCAGUCGCCCAGAAUUAGUGACGGUUCCGGAGCCAGUGAGCAUUCUGGAAGGCGAGAAUGCACGUUUCUCAUGCCGAAUCUCAGGAGUACCAGCACCAAGAGUAUCAUGGUUUAGAGAGGAUCUGCAGAUCAUAGGGCAAGGGGCUCGUAUGAGAUCUUGGUUUGACGGCAUACACUACAUGGAGAUCACCAAAGCCCGUGUUGGCGACUCUGGAGUCAUCAGAUUGGUCGCUCGCAACAAAUUGGGUAUGGUGGAGUUCAAGACAAAACUAGAAGUCAAACCAAAGGAUGUCCCACCCCCAUUACUGAAGCCAACACCGAAAGAAGAGAAAGUUCCACAGCCCAAGCCGAAGAUUCCUGGAUUGCAGAAGACUCAAGCUGCAAAGCCACAUGAGAAACCUAAUGAAUUAGAGGAAGUAUUCAGGCGACGUUCCCAGCAUGCAGCCCCAUUCCUCCUUUCCAGAAAUCAAGCAGGCACCCCAAGGAGGGUCAGUGCUGGCCCUGCACUUGCAGUUAAGCUUAAACCUGUCCCAAAGUCAUCUUCUUUUGACAUGGCAAAAGAGACCAAUAAAAACAGACUUCCCUUCAGGGACAGUCUUAGAAGCACUCCAGCUAAGAAAACUGACAUGAACUUGGAUGAUAGUGCCAAGAGAUAUCCCUCUCUUACAGAAAGAACGCUUGCCAACGAUGAAGAUAUAACACCUGUAGUGGUUGAGAGAAAGGGAUUGGAUGGCAUAAAACUUCCAGAAGAUGAACAAGUAGAAACUGAAGUUGUUACACCUGAAAGAAAUGCCCCUAUGAAUCUUGAUAUGCUCACAGACGCCGACAAGGUUCCUGUUGAUGAAAGUGUCACAUCAGAAUCUGUCCACAGUGAGGAGAGCAGUGUUACUUAUCUCUACCAGAAGCUCGGUGGGCGAGAGAGUAAGCUUUCUGUGGAGGAAAAUAUCACUGCAGAAGUUCUCUCAGAUGGUGAUUACGAAGAACUGUCCUUCCCAGAGAGACUGGAACACAUGCCUUCAGAUGGUACCACUGAUGACUACACCAUGCCCACGUCAAGCAUUUCAGAUAGCACGCAGGCUCAGGAAGAACCACAGAAAUCCUCAAGGAGCGCUAUGUACUUUCAACCAGUUUACAGACAAACAAAGAAUGGAGGAAUAUAUAGUGACUCUGAGACAUCAACACCGGUGUCCUCAGAGGACUACCUUCCAGCUCUUGAGAUUGAAGCACUUGAAGAGGAAGUCCAACCAAGACAACAGAAUCAGCCAGAUCUUUACAGACAACAUGAUGGGGAUUAUCUGAUCCCCAUUUCACGUGAGGAGGUCAUACCGCUGAGAGAGCAGGCUGUAUUUUCACGUCCGAAACAAAGAGAUAUCUUUGAAAAUGACAGUGACACCAAAACCGCUUCAUCUUCCGAUGAUGAAGAUGGUUCAGAAGGAGACGGAAGAAGUACACCAGUCAAUUCAGAUCUUUCUACCAACUUAAAAGGGAUUCCUCCUCAAGAGGCUGAUGACCCUCAAACCAGUGACCGCUUUACAUCUUCAUUUUCAGUGCCUAUCUCUCUGGAUGAUGGAACUGACAAAGUAGGGUGUAGUGAACCAUACAUUGUUCAACUCAUGCUAGAGAAACCGCCAAUUGAAAACGAUACAUUUGAUAGAGCAUUACCGGUAUCAGGCAGGUCUGGCAAAUCAGAAGACUCAGACACGUUCAAAAACCUCUCCAGUCAUUCCUCAUCAUCUUCACCGUCCUCAGAUUCAGAAGAUAAUGUACAGCCCAUCCAUAAAGAUUAUGUAUCUGGCAGAAAAAAGAAUGAGCAACCAUAUGCUGUGGAAGAUAUGCUUGAGAAGUCACCAAUCAAGGAUGAUAAAGUUGACAAAGUAUUUCCGUUUGGAAGUAGCUCCCUUGCACAAGGGCAACGUGGUGGAGAUGAACCUUUAUGUUCUUCAUCAUCCUCUUCUAGGUCUUCAUCAGAUUCUGAAGAAUUAGAGGAUCAAAGUACCAAAGUUCCGAAUCCGAAUGAGAGUGAGCCAUUUAUCGUUGAAGUGAUGCUGGAGAAACCUCCAAUUCAAGAUGAUAAAUUUGACAGGGCUUUACCAGUACAACCCGGAACCUUGACACAAAAACAACAAAUUGAACAAAGGAAAUCUUCAAACUCAUCAUCUAGUUUUUCAUCAGAAUCAGAAGAAUCGUAUAAAGAUCCUGUUACUAAAGAAGCAGAGGGAGGUAAGGUUGAGCCAUACAUUGCAGAAGUCAUGCUUGAGAAACCUCCCAUUCAAGAUGAUAAAUUUGACAGGUCAUUGCCAAUAUCAAGAGACCCCUUUCAUCGGAAACCAUCUGACAAACGCUCUUCUCCCACUUCAUCAUCAUCAUCUCAUUCCUCUUCAUCUGAUUCAGGAGAAUCAGAGCCAGAAUCUGAUCGACAUUCAUACUCUACAGCCAUUGUGUUUCAAAGACGGCAAUCAAAAGAAGAACCGUCACACGUGAGAGAAGACAAUUCAUCAGGUGAUUAUUUGUCAUCAUCAAGGAGUUCUUCAUCACCUCACUCGUCUGAUGGAGAUGUUACAAAAGUUUCACCAUUGAGGAGAGACGACCAACACUAUACCCCACUGGAGAUUAAUAUAAACACACAGCUCUCAGCUGGAAAUCAAAAAGAAAGGACUUCCUCAAGUUCAUCAUCGGAAUAUGAGCAUGAGGCCUUAGAAACCAAAUUAAUGUCCAGGAAGUUGAAAUCAAAUCUCCAAGGUACCAAGGAGGAACAGAAAAUACAGAUGACAUCUUCUUCAUCAUCUCUUUCAUCCUCCUCCUCAUCUACUAGUAGUGAUGAGGAAACACAGGUAUCCAAGGCGAGAUUGAUGCUGCAUCAGGAUCAAGGCAAUCAGGAAGCAUUACCACAAAGAACAGUUGCAAGUCCUUCAGAGGAUCCCAGUUUUGAAGUUGUUCUAGAAAUUGCAUCAAGACAAGGUGUUGAAGAAAAAGUCAUGGAAGAAAGUAUUCUCCCAGUCGAAGCAUUGCCACAGCAACAGCCUGAUCCUUCUGUUGAGGAUGAUGAUGCAGUUGGUUUUGAUAUCACUGUAGACUUCAAACCCAAUGAAGAAGAACAAAAACCUAAGUGGAAAAGCUUCUUUGAUGAUGAUGAAGAAGAGACUUUUCCAAGACUUGUCGGAUCACCCUUUGGAAAGAAUUCAGUUAUUUUUUCCAAGGCACGGUCCUCACAAUAUGAUCCCAUAAAGCCCAUGAGUGAAACUGAAACCAUGGCUCAAAGGAAGGAACUGACUGAAAGUUCAACUGAGGAUGGUGGAGAAGAGGAGGUGGAGGAAGUAAAUGAGAAUAGGGUGUUAGCAAAAAGGAUAUCCAUGACACAGAUGAGGGCUCUGAAUCCAACCGGGUCUCCAAUCAUUAAGCAGCGUCUCCAAGACAUCAAGUGUAAGCAAGGCGAGUCCAUCACCUUCCAUAUUGACUUCACGGGUAUCGCACCAUUCGAAGUGACAUGGUACCAAGAUGGGUAUGAACUGGAGGACUCUGAUGAAUGUGGGAUCCUGGUGAGUGAUGAUUACAGUUCCUUGACGGUGCCGAACACGACUCCUGAUGACAACAGUAUGAUUGAAGUCCAAGUCAAGAAUGACCUCGGUGUUGCUGCUUCUACAGCAAUGUUGACAGUGGAAGAAUACCAACAGCCAACGCAGACUAUGCAGCCAGCGCAGCCAGCAGCAGCAGCACAACCGAUGGAAAUGAUGCAGCUUGCACCGUGCUUCCUCUCUGCUCCACCUCCCAUGACGGUUGGAGCACCAGGAGAGCCGGUCAGACUGUCCUGCCGUGUUGGAGGGAACCCUGUUCCAAAGGUCAUCUGGUCGAAGGAUGGUCGUCUUCUGACCAGUGUUCCCAGGAUGAAGAUCCUUCAGGAUGAAGAUAUCCACACCCUGCUCAUCUUGGAAUGUCUACCAGAGGAUGCAGGAAACUACACCAUUGAGAUCGUCGGCCCCAGCGGCAAGAAGACACACUGCUUCAGGAUCCAGAUCCAAGGGGACAAACCAGAUGACUUUGAGCCUCACUACCCAGAGGUACCCCAUCACCACCCUGAGGUACAGCCAAUUGGAUUUGCCACUCUGCCUGAGUUCAGGAGUGUGCUCACCGACUGCCUAGUGCCAGAUGGCAGCCCUGUGGAACUCGCCUGUGAAGUCGUCGGAACCCCUCCUCCUGUUAUAAACUGGUACCACAACGGAGGCAUCAUCAAGCCAUCACGCUACUUCCGCAUGAGCUACGAUGACGGGAUCGCCCGACUCCAGAUCAACGAGGUCUUCCAGGAAGAUGGUGGGGAAUACGUCUGUGAGGCGUUUAACAACGCUGGACGUAUAUCCUGCAGUGGGAUCUUGAACGUACAAGUUGAAGAAAUUGAGUCUGCAGCGGAGUUUGCUGUUCCCCCUAAGUUUUUAAAGAAGAUAGUCAAUCUAGAGGUGGCCGAGGGUAGCCCCGCCCGCUUUGAAUGCAAAGUGGUGGGGAGUCCGCGGCCUGAGGUCCAGUGGUUUCAUGAGGGAAGGCUGAUUCAGAGCAUGCCCCAUAAGCGGGUCUCCACCGGUUCGGACGGGACCAGCACGCUCUACAUCCCUCAGGUGCUUGCCGACGACUCGGGUCGUAUUUCCGUAACGGCCUCCAACCCGGCGGGACAGGUCACAUGCAGUUCUCAGCUGCUUGUUGAAGGUAUGAUGCCAGUGAUGAUGCAGAUUAUGAUGAUGAUGAUGAUAAUGACGGUGAUGACGAUGGUGAUGAUGAUGAGUAUGAUGAUGAUGACGACGAUAUCUAUGCUUUUUAUGCUGAUGAUGGAUAUAGGUAAACAGUUGAAACUCAAUAUAAAAAGAUCUUUAAUAUUUUCCUACUGAUUAAAAAGUUUCCUUCAUAUUCCCAGCUUUUUCAUUCGUUGUUGUUAAAGCUUACAUAACAAAAUUCCUACAAUGUACCAUAACUUUUUUAAAUAAUUGUCUCAAGGAUCUUUUUAUACUGAGUUCCAAAUGUUUCUAAUAAUUGGGUUUGGUGCUAUUUUUGUGUGAUAUUUAUUGAGAAAGAGGAAAUAACUAGUGAUGCCAUAAGUCAUGAUAGAACAUGAGUGCUGGUGAUGUAGAUGCUUUGUUCAUGUGUUUCCAAUUUUAGAAAAUAGUGUGGUUAAGAAGAUGAUGAUAGUUAUAAUUUUGUUGAGGAUGACAAAGUUGGAAUUGAUGGUAAUGCUGCUGAUGGUGAUUACAUUGAGGAUGAAAAUGGUAUGGUGGUAUUGGUAGUUCUGAUGAAGUUGAUGAUGAUCUUGCUGCUUCUGCUGAUGAUGAAGAUGUUGGUGACAAGGAACUGUUGAAUGCCGCUGUAAUGUUGGAGAAUGGAAGCAAUUUUAAUGUCAGGGUGUUUACAUCCAUGCUGGUAUUGAUGAUGCCUACUAAAACCUGGUGAUAUCUACAAAAUACCAAUGGGAAUCAUGGAAUUCAUUAUUUAUCGGGUAAAGGAAAUAUUUUUUUCUAUAAGUAUACACAAAGAGAGAGAGAGAGAGAAGAGAAGAAAUGGGAGUGGAGAAAAAGGAUAAAAUUUAAAAUAUGAAUAUAUAAAAGAUAUGAAGAAGAUACACAAAUCACCUUUAAAUACUAUACAAACAAGAACAGAAGUAUGAUAAUUUGGAAUAUUCUAAACAAAUUGAAAUCCAAUUAAACUUCCAGGUGACUCGGAAAUAGUUUCUUCAUAUUUAUUAUGGGAAUAUUAUAACCAAUAUCAAUGUUUCCCAUAAAAGCAUCCUUAAUGAAAUUAAUAAUGCACUGGAUAUUGUGCUUGUGAAGGUCACACAGGAUACUAAGAACUAGGCUCUUUAACAAAAGUCUGUUCCACAUCUUGAAAGCCAUUUUGGUAUCUUUUACAUUGCCAUUACUCUGCUGAAAUGGGAGUAUAAGCAAGGAUCAAGAUGGGUUACUACUCAGAAAAGUGGCUUAAACUUGUUAAGGAGCAUAAAGCAACAAAGCUAAGAGAGCUUUAUCAUUAUUAAAAAGUGUCACCGGAAGACAGAAAGAAUAUGCCAAAACUAUUAAUUCUGAUAACUGUCACCAUCUCAUUCUCAUCUUAUUCUCACCGUAUCAUUGCUACAAUCCCUUUAAUCUAAAAGCCUCUUUUAGAUAUAGUGUGACAAAGCUUAGCAAAAAAAAAAGAUUAAUCACUGUUCAGACGUGAUGUGACAAUUACCUCAUUUUCAUUCUAAAGACUUUGCUUAAAGCUUCAACAUGUUUGAACUUGUCUUGGCAAACACAUAUUAUUUCAUAUGAUUUUGUGACUCCUAUUAUACAAUGUCAUUAUGGUGUCUUUUUGAUUGUUAUUGUUUUGUUUGAUUCCAUUAAAAUUAAGUAAGAGACUCUUGCCUCAGAAACAUGUUUAAAAGGCCUUUUGUCCCAUUAAAUUGGUACACUAAAAUGUUGCUGAGCUUUAAAAUGCCAUUUUUAAACCAGCCUUUAAAAUGAUAUUACAAAUGCAUACUUUGUAAAAAAAAAUGUGGAUACCUCGUGGAGCUCAUCGCUUCUACCUGUUUCACUUUCAAUCACAGAUUCAGAAAAAUCAGUGAAGCCAUUGGACUUCAAAGCUGCCCAGCUGAUACCAGCUUGGGGUGUCAUGUGUAGUUUGGUUUUGUUUUUAGCUUGGUUUGUGUCCUUCUUUGCCCUCACAUUCUUUAAACAAUGAACCAACCAAGAUAAUUUGUAUAGGAUUGAAUUAAAGAUUAGCCUAGGUGCCCCCCCCCUUGCCAUAGGAACUGAUCAUAGAUUCGUAACCCUGGUUUUGAUGUAGAGCUUUAAUUUUGAAGAGAGUGAGACUAAACCGAACUCACAUAAUUUUGAAGUGUUUGGAAUUGGGUUGCCCAUUUUACAGAGAAUAAAAUCUUUGAAGAUUGUUUAGCAUAGAUUGGAAAUAUUAAUUGAUCUAAUAAUGCAAAAAAAAUCAACUAAAAAAGUUAAUGGGUGAGGUGUCCAAUAUCAUUGCCCCAUGUCAUACUAGCAGAUAUAGCAUGUCCUUUUCUGAGGGCAUUUGAAGGAAAGAAUCAAUCAAAUGAAACCAAACUUCACAUGGCAAGAUUAUGUACCUUUAAUAAAUUACCUUAAAAAUCUGCGAUAUGAUUAUACUUUUCCAGACACCGAUCUUAUAUUUUUUAUUGAUUCAUGAAAAAUGCUAAAUUGAUUGCAGAUUAAAGAAAUUAAAAAAAGAAGUAAUGAUUUCUUUUUCAGUUUUUUAUUACUGUAAUAAACCUGUACCCAUCAAUAUGUUAAAUGUGAAAAAGAAUGACUUAAUCUUUGUUGGUAAUGUUAAGAAUUUGGUGAUUUAUAUUACUUUUUGGG